GUCAGGCGGUGUGCGUUUUUUAGAAAAUACGGAUUUUAUACAUCGCCACAGAGUGUUUGUCUGUGUCACACACGCUCUAACUCCAGUCUUUGACCCCUCACGUGGUCGUUCGCUCCCGAGGACGAUUUUUGGAUCUGGAUAACUCGAAGCGUGUCUGGGUACUAUUUCAUCUCUCCCUUCUCCCCCCUACCCCAGCUCAUCGACAAACGCCAGGACGGCUGCCGGUAGCUCGUAACUAGAAGUGGAAAGAUUUAAUUGGAAUUCAGGAUAAGUGUCUCUAUGUGUGUGACAAUUUGGUGUUAGGAUCCGGGGCUCGUCAACAACUUUAGGUAAAGAGACACACGCAAUACAUCACUGGUGUUCUGUAAUGAGCGAGACGUGGAUAGCUAUUCAGUGACAUUUGUUUCAACUCGCAGCUCAAACCAAGCGGUCACUUUGUGAUUAUUGGACGCGGUUACUGAAUCUGAGUCCAACUUUCGAGAGAUCUCCACAUGGAGAGGUAAUAAUUUCUUCACCCGGAACUAGUACCACUCGGAUCAGGAACCAUGGCUAUCAAUCUAACUGAAAUACUGAUGGAUGAUUAUAGCAACAGCACGGGAAGCGAGGGCGUGGUCCACGGGAAGGAAGCCUUCGUCACGAUCUUCUGCGUCUUCUGCUUCUUCGGAAUUAUAGGAAACGGCAGUCUGAUGUUUCUAGUAAUUCGAUUCCCACAUCUACGGACAAUGCCUAACAUCCUCAUGAUCAACUUGACCUUUGGUGACCUCCUGUACAUCGUAGCCUCCCUGCCAGACAUCGUUCGGUUCGAGCUCGGCUUUGUGCAGACCUACGAGAGCCUAGCAAUGUGUAAGUUCGUCAAGUUCCUACCCGGGUUUGCCAUGGGCGUUUGCGUGUACUCUAUGAUGGCGCUGAGUGUGGAGCGAUACUGUGCCAUAGUGCGCGGGUUAGAGAUGAGGUCAGUACGGACAAGUCGUAGGGUCAUGGGUGCUAUGAUCUUCAUCUGGGGUAUGACCUUUUUAGUGACCUCUCCCGUUCUACUGUCAUCGGGGUACCUCUAUCCGAGCGCGCCUACGAUCUGCAGUGACAUGUGGCCAGGGUCUCCGGGUGCGAUUGCCUACGCUGCAAUCCACAUCACCUUCUUGUAUAUCAUGCCAUUGCUCACCAUGGCAUUCUGUUACAGUAGUAUAUCGUACCAGUUGAUACAGGGGGCCAGGGAGAGCACCUCGAACAACAGCAGGAGCAACACCAACUACGAGGCCCGCAAGCGUCUAGCCAUCGCCAUCAUCGUCAUGGCGGCAUUCUUUGCGAUAUUCUGGCUACCAGCCAGUGUCUUCAGCCUUUACUUUCAGUCCAACUAUGAACACAUUUUCAACAUGAACGACAGCGAGAUUGCUGUGUUUCACUUUUUCCGUCGGUUUAGUCGUGUGUUUGCCUUCACCAACUCCUGCUUCAAUCCGUGGAUAUUGUAUUUUAUCAGCACGACUCACCGUAGGGCCAUCGCGAGGUGUAUCUGCUUCUGCUGCGGCCCCAAGAACGGCGACGAAAAUGGCAGCUAUCGAAUGGUACGCUUGCGCACCAAUGGGAGGACUGUUACUACGUACCACUCAUACUCGAGCGAGUCGGGCCGAGGAAACAGAAUAGUGAAACCAGAGGAUAUAUAACGUGUUGUUUGAUUGGUCAGCUGAGGGAACGGAUGUUUUACUGUUCGUUUGAUUGGUUUAACAGUGCGUCAGAAAACCAGAUGAUAACUAACGUUCGUUCUGAUUGGUUAACAACAACACAGGAAGACCAGACGAUAUGUUACGUCUGGUCGAAGUGGAUAAUUAGUUUAUCCUAGGUUAACUUAAAAUGUUUGAACUGUUUGAUUGGCAAUCCGCAAAGUCGAACAGUGGAUAGCAAAUGUCAUAUUGACAAUGCCAAUAUAACAACAAUUAUUAUUUCUAUAAAAAAUUAUGUAAAUAAAAGUUUUGAUUGGUAAAUAUUUACCUCUGUAUCUCAAUUGUGCAAUUAUGAACAAAAAGAGCAUCAGUGAACAAAAACAAUUCACAUUACAGCCACACUCUUCAACAACACCUUGCGGGUCAGAAAUUGAUCUGGAUCAGGAUGAAGUAGGCUGGGUCAGUACGAUCCGGAACUGUGUCAAAUACACAGAAAUGGGUCAAGGACACAGAAUCCACUUAAAAUAAAAUUUGAAGUAGGGCCAGGCCAAUUUGUGGAUCACUGCAAUCCUUAGUGUGUCAAAAUGACCCCGAAUUUGGUCAAACAUAAAAUUUCUGACCAGUUUCUGGGUCAACCUGAUACAGAUAUUGUUCAGAGCCAGGGGGCCCGGAAGCCUGGUCACUUCUUUGACUCUUAAAUCGUGAAGUGUUUAAAAAUAUAUUAUAUACAUGUUUUGCGCACAGUUUGGUUAUUUCGACGUUCCAUAUCGAAAUAACGAAUUUCAAGUGUUGGGGACUACUUUUCUCGCUCAUACCAGUAGUUCAGAUCGAACAUUUUGUUUCUCACUUAGAUUGAUAACAUUUUAAAGACACCCUGAUCGAAACGUCGAGAUGUGACGGUUCUUCUUAGAACACCACAGACUCAAGAGAGAGUUUUUUAUGUGAACUGUAUCCGCAAACCUCACUAGAUUUAUGAUCAAUGUUGUAGAUAAGCCUUGAUAUCAAACAUUAAUUCGUCAAGUUUUAGAUCAUUACAAUAAAUUAUGAUAUAAUGCACUCUGUUGUGAUUGUCAUAAUGAAAAGUAGGUAUCAAAAUAGGACGGAAGCAAUUAUUUUCAUGAUGUAAAACGUCAAUACUGUUGUGUUAAUGGUGUUAGAUAGGGACUUUUCGUUUUCGACGACGGAUGGUUCUGCGACGGUUGUUCAGCUAAACGUUGUCGUUUUCAGCACA